GUGUAGCUGAGUCUCGGAACUAACAGUUCUCUCCCGGUGAAGACCGUGUACGAGCGACAUCUCGUCUCCGCUCUCACUUCACUCAACUCAAACCCUCGCUGCCAUGGAGGAAUCCAGUAGUUGACGUUUCCUGUUGCAACCUUCUCUUUUUAAGCUUUCUUCCCGUCCCAUCAUUGUGACCAUUCGGCACCGGUUCGAUUGAAGUCUCGGCGAUUUUCAUUGUAUUUUUUGAUUCUAUCCAACCACCACGACACCAUGAAGUACAUCAUCGGCAUUGGCGGAGUAACCAACGGAGGGAAAACCACCCUCACCAACAGACUGGUCAAGAACCUGCCCAACUGUUGUGUGGUACAUCAGGAUGACUUCUUCAAGCCCCAAGAUCAGAUUGAAGUUGGUGAAGAUGGAUUUAAGCAGUACGAUGUCAUCACUGCCCUGGAUAUGGACGCCAUGAUGAGCACAAUCUACGCAUGGCUGGACAAUCCAGUGAAGUUUGAAAAGUCACACGGCGUCAAUAACACCCUGGAUACAGAAAUCGUCCCCAAGUCUGAGCACAAGGAGGAUGAGACUCACAUCCUUAUUGUUGAGGGCUUCUUGCUUUACACCUACAAGCCUUUGAUCGACGUGCUGAACCAACGCUACUUUAUUUCCAUCCCAUAUGAAGAAUGCAAAAAGAGGAGGUGUGGCAGGAACUACUCGGUGCCAGACCCACCAGGCCUGUUCGACGGUCAUGUCUGGCCCAUGUACAUAAAGCAUAAAAACAUCAUGGAGGUAUCAGAUGUUGACGUUGCGCAGCUGGAUGGAACCAAGUCAAAAGAACAGCUGUUCAACGUCGUCUAUGGUGACAUCAUGAAUAACAUCCAGACGACUCUUUAAUAAAGAUCGUGUGAUCAGCUAAAAGGAGCAUAUACUCAGCCUGCAAGCAGAAGACCACCUUGCUUAAUGUUUCAAACCUAGCAGCUCAUUCAGCUGACUGCUAUGAGUUCCUUUUACAUGUAUUUUAUUUGUAAAUGUUUAAUUAACACCAUUGGGUGCUGGUAUGAUUUUUUUCUAUCUGCCGUAUUUAUUGCUUUGUUACAGCCAACACUCCUUAGCGAGCUGAAGGGUUUGUUCAGAGGAUGGGUACAUUUAGUUGCCUUUGUCAAUAAAUGAUCCUCCCUUUAA